GAUUAGCAAGCAAAUUCAACAAGAUAUAAUCUGAGUGCUCAAAAUUCGACGCAGAAGGAAAAGUUUCGUUCUAGUCAAACUUUCAGUCGAAGUAGUAUAUUACGGAUUUUGAUAUACGAUUUUCAAACGUCUGUUUCUAUCGUUUUCUCAGAGUGCAUCGAAUAACAUCACACACCAAAAUGGCCACUCUCGAUCCUUUUGAAGAUAUCCUCAACUUGGAGGAAGAAUUUUAUUCCAACGGCUACAAACAAGGGCUCUCCGAAGGCAUAACCGCUGGCCGUAUAGAAGGGCGGACUUUCGGACUUGAAAAAGGAUUCGAAAAAUACGUCGAAAUGGGUCGACUACAUGGAAAAUCCAUUGUAUGGGCCAACCGAACCCCUUCUUUUCAAAAGUCCAAAAUCUCCACAACCGCAAGCUCAGAGAUCAAGCCGGAGAGUCAAACAAAGAAGGAAGGGAAAUCACAUGAUCUCAAAUUGGCUGAACUAGCCAAAAAUGAGAGAUUGGCAAAACAUGUAAAAGUAUUUCAUGCAUUAGCGGAAGCAGAAAGUUUGUCGACAGAGAAUUCGGAAGAAGCAGUCGGUGAUUUCGACGAUAGGUAUAAGAGGGCAGUGGCAAAAGCGAAAAUUAUUGAGAAGAUGGUUGGGGAGGGACAAGGACAAGGAGGGGCAAAAAGCAGCGGGGAUGGUGCAAUUGAGGAUGUCAGUGUUAUGAGAGCUAGAUGAGGUUCUGUCAAUGGUUUUCGACUCUCGGAAAGCUGGAACUUGUGGUAUAAGUACACGAAGUUGCACAAAUCGCGGACUUCGUGGAAGAAGCAUUGGGAUGAAGGCAUGCUUGAUUUCAGACUUUGUAGUCCUGCUACGCAAACUUUUUGUGCCGGGUGAUUCUAGCGGAGCUAUAAAGCAAUGAGAAGUGAUAUGGAGCCUCA